AUGCAACAACCUCAGGGUUUUGUGGAUCUUGCUCAUCCUACCUAUGUCUCUAAGCUUCACAAAGCUCUUUAUGGAUUGAAGCAGGCUCCAAGGGCUUGGUUUGAUCAGCUCAGUUCUUGGUUAAGUGAGUAUGGCUUUCAAGUUUCGAAAGCUGAUCCCUCCCUUUUCAUCUUCAAUACCCCGGCUGCUACAAUUUUUCUGCUUGUCUAUGUUGAUGAUCUUGUCAUUACUGCAUCAAAUUCCUUAGCCAUUAACACACUAAUUGCUGCCACGAGCAAGGCCUUUCCUGUUCGAGAUCUUGGCAAUUUAUCUUUCUUUUUGGGCCUUGAGAUUGAUCACACUACGGCUAGACUGUUCAUCUCCCAACGAAAAUACAUCAACAACCUCCUCACCCGCAGCAACAUGCUCCAAUGCAAACCUAUGUCCUCACCUAUGGCUGCUUCACUCAAGCUCUCCAAAUUUGGUUCACUUGACUUUGAUGAUCCAGUCCUCUACAGAAGUCUCGUUGGAGGUCUCCAAUAUCUCAACUUCACUUGGCCAGAUAUCUCAUUUGCAGUGAACAAACUUUGUCAGUUCAUGCAUUCUCCCAAACUUCCUCAUUGGAGUGCACUCAAACGUGUCUUACGAUAUCUCAAGGGCACCAUCAAUCAUGGACUAUUUUUUACCUCUCACUCAGGCCCUGUUGUUCAAGCUUAUUCUGAUGCAGAUUGGGGUGGCUGUCCGGAUGAUCGUCGAUCAACAAGUGGCUGUUGCAUUUUUCUUGGCAACCAUCUCAUCUCAUGGAGCUCUAAGAAACAAAAAUCCGCUGCUAGAUCAUCUACUGAGGCUAAAUACAAAUCCUUGGCAUCCUCUGCCGCUGAGCUAAUUUGGCUCCAAUUUCUUCUCAAGGAACUUGGCAUAUUUUUACCCCAAGCACCCACACUCUGGUGUGACAAUCUUGGUGCUACUUACCUCUGUGCAAAUCCUAUUUUUCACUCAAAAACGAAGCAUAUGGACAUUGACUACCAUUUUGUGCGGGAUCGUGUUGCUACUAACAGCCUCAGAAUUUCUUUUUGCAGCACCAACAAUCAAAUUGCAGACAUUCUUAUCAAGCCACUAGUUUCAUACAAAUUCCUUCACUUUACAAUGAGUCUCAAUGGGGUUGACACCCCUUUGGACUCGAGGGGACGUAUUAGCAGUUACAACAAACCCAGCUAA